AUGUUUGCCAUGAAAUGCAGAAUUAGUUGUGGCACGAUUUUCAGACGGCUUCUGUUAAACUUCUCGCAACACUCUUUUACGUCAGCCAACGACCAGUCACAGAGUCAAAGCCCUCCAUCAGCGACGGAUCGUGAUAAAGUCAGCAACGACCCAAAUGUUUCCAAGAUCAGUAAAACGGCCAUAACAGGAAUCAGUGGAAGCGGCAGUAACGUUUUUUCCAGCACCACCUCAGACAAUCAAGCGCACCAGCAACACCAUGCUUUAGUGGUUCCGAAUACGGAAAACAACCGUGAGUUGACGACCACGAGUCAGCCCAUUGCAGUCGGGCCGGCCGUCGGCCAACUCUCGCACUUGUUUUUGACGAAAGAUAUUUCAGCAUCCUUCUGCCGCCCACCCGGAUUAGGUCCUGCAGCGUUUUGCACUCCCGCCACGGGCCAAAGCGCUGCGCUUGUUUGUCCAAUUUGCGGGUUUUCAUGUAACUCGAAAUUUCACUAUAACAGUCAUAUGAACACUCAUGGUGAUCAUCAGUGCAGUAUGUGUGAUUACACUAGUCGCACCGAAGGAAGGCUAAAAAAACACAUGCGUGAAUCACACACGGUCGAGGAGCAACUAGCCGUUGGAUUAGAUGUUAAGCCAGGGACACCAGUGCCUGCGUCAAGUGGGACGGCUUCGUUGGUGACGACGACUUCACAAGGAUCAUCACUAGCCGAGAUUUCGAACUUGUCAACGACUAUGGCUUCCUUAGUUGACGUUGCAAACAUGGCAGCAGCGGCUGUGGGCGCAAAGCAAGAGCAGCGAAGUGCGUCGGUGUCAGCGUUGUCCAUGGAGAGUCUUGUAAAUACGAGCAGUUUUCUAAGCACUAUCGCCUCAACAGCACUCCCAUCAGCUUUGGAUCAGAUUCGUGCUUUCGCUGAGAAUUCGGCUCUCCUUCCAGAUUCCGGUACCACGUUAGUAAAUGCCUUUGGAGCAAUGUCGCAAGAGGUUCUUGAUGAUUUCGACAAAUCAUCCGCGAAGUUCAACAAUUCGGAACCGCGACGAAAUAGUAACGGCAAGAUGAAGCAGUACAAAUGCAAACAAUGUCCACAUAUUUCAUUCUCGAAGGACGAUCAGUGGGCACAUGCUCGCACUCAUAUACCAGUUGACAAGCAAAUGAAUUGCCCUACAUGUAAUUUUGUCACAGAAUACAAACACCACCUGGAAUAUCACAUUCGGAAUCACAUCGGUAGCAAGCCAUUCCAAUGUAAAAAGUGUAGCUACACGUGUGUGAAUAAAUCGAUGCUCAACUCUCAUAUGAAAAGUCAUACAAACGUCUAUCAAUUUCGUUGCAUGGACUGCACUUAUGCGACAAAGUACUGUCAUAGUCUCAAGCUGCAUUUGAAAAAAUACGAUCAUCGUCGUGUGCCGGAUGGUAUGGAGAUCGGUGACACAUCACCGACUCAAGUCAAACAAGAAGCGCUUGCGUCGUACCCAAGUUUUGGACUAAAUAUUAAACUUGAUUCACCAUCACCGGCUACAACCUUGGCGCAAACUCUCGGACUCACACCAAUAGUCACCAGUCAGAGUCUGAACUAUGCGAGCCAGAUGCUGCUUAGACAACAUCAGGUUAGCCUUCCGACGCUACCACAGUCGCUGUCGUGUGCCGUGUGUGACUUCCAAACGACGUCUCAAGAAGAGAUGAUGAGACAUAAUGUUAACCAUUUUCUCAGCCAAUCUACUCAGAGUCCUAUUGUUAGUCUCUACCAGUCACUACCACAAGUAACUCUUUAUCAUAUUCACAUGGGAUAUCAUGGUUACGAGCAUGUCUUCAAGUGCAACAGAUGCGGACAUAUCGCACCGGAUUCGCUCAAUUUCAACCUUCAUCUGCUACAAGCCUCGCAUGAGUAG